AGAUUUGGUGACUUAGGGUGGAAAUGUUUAUUUAGUUUGAUAUAGGAUGCUGGGUGGUUUUGUUUGAAUUGGAUGUUUGUGUGAUUCAGUUGAUUUGUCGUAUUGCCGUAUGGAUAUCGUGUUAUUUGCAUUUUGUUUUUGAUUAGUUUUGUGCGUUUUAAGUUUUGUGCUUUCUGGGCUGCCAUGUUUGGAGGGAAAGAGUUAAAAACUUGAGCUAUUAUUAAUCGGGUUUCAGGCCUAGUUUUUGCAGAUCAAGUGGUUUGAUGUUGGGAGCAGUAUGCCGGUGAUAGUUUGGAGAAAUGCAAAGGUAUCAUCCUGCCAACUGCACUGGUGCAGUUAAUAAUAAUGUAAUUGGUGGAGCAUCAGUUAGGGAUACUGGCCGGGCUGAUUCAUCUUCAUUGCAAGCUAACUUCUCCAUUAAUGCUAGGCGGCCACCUCCACUGACUCCGUACAAGUUGAAGUGUGAUAAAGAGCCCCUGAAUUCCCGACUUGGACCCCCCGACUUUCAUCCCCAGACUCCAAAUUGCCCUGAGGAGACCCUCACGAAAGAAUAUGUUCAGUCUGGAUACAAGGAGACAGUUGAAGGCCUUGAGGAAAAUAGAGAAAUCUCAUUGACUCAGGUUCAACAAUUUACUAAGCCUGUUGUCAUAAGAUGCAGAGAGGCAAUCAGAAAAUGUCUGAGGGCCAUUAAUGAGUCCCGUGCUCAAAAGCGCAAGGCUGGUCAGGUCUAUGGUGUGCCGCUUGCUGGGUCAUUAUUAACCAAGCCUGGUGUCUUUCCUGAGCAAAGGCCUUGUGGUGAAGAUUUCAGGAGGAAAUGGAUUGAGGGUUUAUCACAACCACACAAGCGAUUGCGCUCUUUGGCCGACCAUGUGCCUCAUGGGUAUCGGAGGAAAUCCCUUCUUGAAGUUCUUAUAAGGAAUAAUGUUCCAUUGCUAAGAGCAACUUGGUUUAUCAAAGUAACUUAUCUUAAUCAGGUCCGCCCUAGUUCUGCUAGUAUUUCAUCUGGAGCACCUGAUAAAACUCAGUUGUCUCGGACAGAACUUUGGACAAAAGAUGUUAUUGAGUACUUGCAGUUUCUCCUUGAUGAAUUUUUCUCCAGAAAUAAUUCCCAUUCUGCUCCACAUACUAGAGAUAGAUCGCCACAAAUGCUCUAUGCGGGUUCAUUACAGCACAGGAGUGAUCCAGCUGUGGUGUUUGUUGAUAGUGAGGAGCCUUCCCUGCAUUUUAAGUGGUGGUAUGUGGUACGGUUGAUACACUGGCACCAUGCUGAAGGGCUGCUUCUUCCUUCUGUAAUCAUUGAUUGGGUUCUUAGUCAACUGCAGGAAAAGGAAAUGCUUGAGAUCUUGCAGUUACUGUUGCCAAUCAUAUAUGGUGUUUUAGAUACUAUUAUUCUAUCCCAAUCGUAUGUCCGUACUCUUGCAGUAAUAGCAGUUCGUUACAUUGUAGAACUUUCUCCAGUUGGAUCAGAUCUUGUAGAUAAUUCUCGGAGGGCUUACACAACUUCUGCUUUAAUAGAGAUGCUUCGGUAUUUGAUAUUGGCUGUACCGGAUACAUUCGUUGCUUUGGAUUGCUUUCCUUUACCACAAAUUGUACUGUCUUAUACAGUAAAUGAUGGGGCUUUUGCAUUGAAGUCAUCUGAAGAGGCAAGAAAAACCAUAGAUAAUUCAGCUGGAGCUGUUGGGGUGUUAAGAAAUAAAGGGUUUGAUGCUCAGUAUCAAUCCUUUUCUUUUAAUAAGGUUGUUUCAUCCAUCCAGAAGCGGGCAGAUAAUCUUGCAAAGGCUGCUUGUCCUGGCUAUCUGGUUCACAGUGUAGCAAAAGCUGUACAAGCAUUGGAUAAAGCUCUUUCACAGGGAGACAUUAGAGAGGCUUAUAAUUUUCUUUUUGAAAAUUUUUGUGAUGGAGCUGUUGAUGAGGGUUGGAUUGAAGAAGUCAGUCCAUGCUUGAGGUCAUCAUUGAAGUGGAUAGGGACUGUGAGCUUGUCAUUUAUUUGUUCUGUGUUUUUCCUUUGUGAGUGGGCAACAUGUGAUUAUAGGGAUUUUCGGGCUGCCCCACCUAAUGAUGUUCAGUUCAGUGGUAAAAAAGAUGUUUCUCAGGUUUAUAUUGCAAGUCGGCUCCUAAGGCUGAAAAUAAGAGAUAUGCAAAGUAGAUCUCGACGGAAGAAUGAAAGAUCCCUCGGAAUCAAAGGUCUCAGUCAGCAUAAUUAUGUUGGCAGGGUUCCUGUGGGAAAUGGAUGUGAAAACAAAGGCAACACAAAAAAUGGGAAUAGAAAAAUUAGAAAUUUGUCAGAUAUAUUUGAGAGUCCAGGUCCUUUACAUGACAUCAUAGUUUGUUGGAUUGAUCAACAUGAAGUUCAAAAAGGAGAAGGUUUGAAGCGUCUUCAGCUGCUCAUAGUGGAACUUAUACAAUCUGGAAUUUUCUAUCCUCAUUCUUAUGUUAGACAGCUGAUAAUUAGUGGGAUUAUGGAUGCAAGUGGGCCUGCAGGUGAUCUUGACAGACGGAAGAGACACUAUCAAAUUCUGAAACAAUUGCCUGGGCUCUUCCUCCAUGAUAUCUUGGAAGAGGCAAGAAUUGUAGAAGGGUCUGAUCUUUUGGAGGCCAUGCAUGUUUACUCAAAUGAACGUCGCCUUCUCCUACGUGGUGUCCUUUGUGAACAAAAUCAAAAUUUGUGCAGAUCGAAUAUACUGAUGCGGAAACAAAGGCAUCAUCCAACGUCUGUAAAGGAUGGUGCUUCUCCAGCUUCUAUUGAUCAAUGGAAAACUAUUCAGUCCUGGCCUAAUGUUUUGGCUUCGAAAAAAGUCAAGUCAAAUGCUGAGAUUGAUGAACUGAAGGCAUCUAUCUCAGUGCUGUUACAAAUUCCUAUCUUGUCUCCAUCUUCAGACACAGGACUGGAUGACUCUCAAGGGAGUGUUAAGAGGGUUGCUGAUUCAACAUGCAACAAAAUUGAUUUAGUGGAAAGUACUCCGGGGUGUGAGGAUUGUAGAAAGGCGAAGAGACAAAAAUUAAGUGAAGAAAAGAGCUCGUGCCUUCAAGGUCAUUCUCCAGUAUCUGAUGAUGAAGAUACUUGGUGGAUGCGGAAGGGGACCAAAUCCUUAGAUUUAUCCAAGGUUGAUCCACCACUUAAGUCUUCCAAACAGAUCUCGAAGGGUAGGCAAAAGGUUGUGCGUAAAACUCAAAGUCUAGCUCAGUUAGCAGCUGCUAGGAUUGAAGGCAGCCAGGGAGCUUCCACAAGUCAUGUAUGUGAUAAUAAGGUUGGUUGCCCUCACCACAGAAAUGGAACAGAGGCAGAAACGCUUAAGUCAGCAGAUGGAGUUAGAACGUUGCAUAGCGGAGAUAUUGUUUCAAUUGCAAAAGCUUUGAAGCAACUGCGAUUUGUGGAGAAGAGGUCCAUUACCGUUUGGUUGGUAACUGUCGUUAAGCAGCUUGUUGAAGAGACUGAAAGGAAUAUUGCCAAGGCCAGCCAGUUCACUAGGACUUUUGUUCCUGCUGACGAUAGAAGCUCUAUCCGGUGGAAGCUUGGUGAGGAUGAGCUCUCUGCAGUAUUAUAUUUGAUGGAUGUUUGUAAUGGUUUAGUUUCUGCAGCCAAGUUAUUGCUGUGGCUUUUGCCAAAGGUUGUCAGCAAUACCAAUUCCACAAUCCAUAGUGGGAGAAACAUUGCAGUAUUGCAAAGGAAUAUGGAAAACCACGCGUGCGAAGUGGGAGAGGCAUUUCUUAUGUCAUGCCUCCGAAGGUACGAGAACAUACUUGUUGCAGCAGAUCUUAUUCCUGAAGUCUUGGCAGCUGCAAUACAACGGGUAGCAGCACUGCUGGCUUCUAAUGGAAGACUUUCAGGUUCAGCAGUCUUAACUUACUCCCGAUAUUUGUUGAGGAAAUAUGGCAACGUGGCAAGUGUUCUUGAAUGGGAGAAGAAUUUUAAAGCAACUUGUGAUAAGAGACUUCUUUCUGAACUUGAACCCAGUCGAUCCUUGGAUGGAGAGUUUGGAUUUGCAUUGGGAGUUCCAGCAGGAGUUGAAGAUCUUGAUGAUUUUUUCCGACAAAAGAUAACUGGUAAUCGUAUGAGCAGAGCUGGAAUCAGCAUGAAAGAUAUAGUACAAAGACAAAUUGAUGAUGCUUUUCACUAUUUCUUUGGUAAAGAUAGAAAGUUCUUUGGUACUGGUACGCAAAAAGGUCCUGGAUUUGAAAAAUCUGAUGAUGGGCACCAGAUAGCUCAACAAAUAAUUCGGGGAUUAUUGGAUUGCUUUCGGCAGACUGGUGGUGCUGCUCAAGAAGGUGACCCUUCUUUGGUAUCUUCAGCUGUUUCUGCUAUAGUCAAUAAUGUUGGACCAACUAUAGCCAAAAUGCCUGAUUUUUCAGCAGUCUCUAAUCAUUCCAAUUCUCCAUCUGCUAUGGCUUCAAUGAGUUUUGCUAGGUGCAUUUUGCGCAUCCAUAUCAAUUGCCUGUGUCUUCUUAAGGAAGCCCUUGGAGAGCGUCAAAGCCGGGUUUUUGAGAUAGCUCUUGCUGCAGAAGCCUCGUCAGCUCUUCUUAUGGCUUUUGCUCCAGGAAAGGCUUCUCGAAAUCAGUUUCAACUGUCUCCUGAAGAUCCCAAUAUGAACAGUUCCAAUGAGAUUAUGAGCAAUUCUGCCAGAUCUGGAAGGGGAACAAAAAGUGCUGCUGCAAUAUCUGCACUUAUUAUUGGAGCUCUUAUCCAUGGUGUUACGAGCUUGGAGAGAAUGGUAACUGUCUUAAGACUAAAGGAAGGCUUGGAUGUUAUUCAGUUUAUAAGGAGCACAAAAUCCAAUUCAAAUGGCAAUGCCCGUUCAAUUUCAGCUUUUAAGGGGGAUAACACAAUUGAAGUUUAUGUGCAUUUGUUUAGGCUGCUCAUUGGGAAUUGCAGAACUCUAUGUGAUGGUUUAAUUGUCGAACUUUUGGGUGAAUCAUCUAUAGUUGCUCUUUCUAGGAUGCAGCGAAUGCUUCCUCUUGCUUUGGUCUUUCCACCAGCCUAUUCUAUAUUUGCCUUUGUCAUAUGGAGACAAGUUAUUCUUAGCAAAGACCUUGUAAACCGUGAAGACUUAAAUCAGUUAUACUUAUCUUUGUCGAUGGCCAUAGGAGAUGCCAUAAAGCACCUGCCCUUUCGGGAUGUGUGUCUGAGAGACAGUCAAGGGUUUUAUGAUCUUGUAGCUGCAGAUGCCAGUGAUGCUGACUUUGCUGCCAUGUUAAAUGGUUUGGAUGUGCACUCUAAAUCUGCAGCUUUUGUUCCUCUCCGUGGAAGACUGUUUUUGAAUGCCAUCAUUGAUUGUAAGAUGCCACAUUGUGUAUCCACUCAGGAUGAGAGCAACCGAGUUUCUGGAUUUGGUGGAUCUAAAGUUCAACAUGCAGAGAGUGAAACAAAGCUUCUGGAUAAGCUAGUGAAUGUAUUGGAUACUUUGCAGCCUGCAAAAUUCCAUUGGCAGUGGGUUGAACUUAGGUUGCUUUUGAAUGAACAAGCCCUUGUGGAAAAGCUUGAAACCCAUGAUAUGUCCCUAGCAGAUGCUAUUCGUUCCUCCUCACCCGGUCUUGAAAAAGCUGCUGCUUCUGAAAACGAGAACAACUUCAUUGUAAUCAUCCUAACAAGGUUGUUGGUCAGACCUGAUGCUGCACCUCUUUUCUCCGAGCUGGUUCAUCUUUUUGGAAGGUCACUAGAAGAUUCGAUGUUAUUGCAGGCUAAAUGGUUCUUGGGAGGCCUUGAUGUUCUUUUUGGACGGAAAACCAUUAGACAACGUCUUACUAAUAUUGCAGAGAGUAAAAAUCUUUCAACUAAGGCUCAGUUUUGGAGGCCAUGGGGCUGGUGUAAGUCAGGUGCUGAUCUUGUGAUGAGCAGAGGAGACAAGAAGAAGUUUGAGGUCACCUCCCUUGAAGAGGGGGAGGUUGUUGACGACAGCACAGAUGCAAAAAAGUCUGGAAAAGUUCCUACUCAAAUAUUUGAAACUGAUAGUUUCAGUAUCAACCAGACACAUAUUACUGAAAGAGCUCUCAUUGAACUAGUUCUUCCAUGCAUAGAUCAAGGUUCAGAUGAGUCGCGUAAUACGUUUGCAAGUGAUUUGAUCAAGCAGUUAAUUAAUAUUGAGCAACAGAUAAAUGCAUUUGCUCGUGGUGCGAGCAAGCAGGCAGGAUCAACUUCUUCUGGAUUGGAAGGUCCUGUAAAUAAAGGUAGCAAUCGCAAAGCUAUAAGAGGUGGUAGCCCAGGAAUGAACAGACGGACAGCAGGAGGAGCUGCAGAUACUGCUUUGCCAUCUCCUGCUGCCUUGCGAGCUUCUAUGUCACUCCGGUUGCAACUAUUGCUGAGAUUGCUUCCUAUAAUAUGUGCAGAUGGGGAACCAUCUGGCCGGAACAUGAGGUACAUGCUUGCAUCUGUAAUACUUCGUCUGCUAGGUCAUCGGGUUGUGCAUGAGGAUGCAGACCUAUCUCUCUCUCCUAUGCAAAGUUCUCAAUCCAAGAUGGAACUGGAGUCAACAUCAGAAGCUGCUUCUGGAGAUUUAUCUGGUGAAUCUCUAUUUGAUCGGUUAUUAUUAGUCUUGCAUGGUCUCUUGAGUAAUAGCCAGCCAAGUUGGUUGAAAUCAAGGGCAGCUUCCAAGUUAAUGAAUGAAUUUUCAAAGGAUUCUGCUGGACUUGAUCGUGACGUGGUGGAGAGUUUGCAGAAUGACUUGGAUCACAUGCAGCUGCCUGGUUCAAUCCGGUGCCGCAUCCAAGCUGCAAUGCCAAUACUUCUUCCUUCUGUACGAUGGUCCAUAUCUUGCCAGUUACCUUCUGUUCCUAUUGCUUCUGUUGCUUCACUUCAACCUAGUUCCACAAUAUCUGGGUUACACACUGGAAACCCACCGCAGAAAAAUCCCCUUCCUUUGGGGCGAACGACAGCAAACAUGACAGGGAAGCUCAAGUCAUUGCCAUUGCAACAGGAUAAUGAUAUGGAAAUUGACCCUUGGACGCUCUUGGAAGAUGGCACUGGAUCAGGCUCAUCUUCAAGUAACACAGCUGUGAUUGGCAGUGGUGACCAUGCUAAUCUUCGAGCCUCCAGCUGGCUUAAAGGGGCUGUAAGGGUCAGACGGACAGAUCUCACAUACAUUGGCGCUGUGGAUGAUGAUAGCUGAUUUAAGUUAACUUUCAUUCUUGAUUUGGCCUGUAGUGAACAGUCCCCUCAACAGGUAACGUUUUUGUUUAUCAUGAACAAAUGGCAUCAAGGUUCCACCUUGUUCUCGCAUGUCCUGCCAUUGAUGGCCAAGGGAGAUGUUGGGAGGGACAUUCUUUUGGGGGCAUGAGGUGCUUGUGAAGGUAUUGAAGCAAAGAUGCUCUUACUCAGCGUGCCCCGGCAGGUCUCGGGCCCACUUGACUACUAACUUUUUGAUCACCGCCCAUCUAGACUCUGUUCGCCAGGUGCAGUUCAGAGGCUUGUUGUAUAUAUAGAGAUAAUUUUUUACCUUACCAAUUCAUCAGGGUAAAAUAUGUCAAGAAUGAUUUGUAGCUGUUUCAUGUGCAUCAAUCUAUUGUUGCAUUCUCUCUCUC